AUGGGAUCUCUAGAGUUAUUAAACACACCACAACAUCUCAACAUGAUUUUUACCUCAGGAGAGUCAGAAUUUUCAGGGCUUCCCUUUGGUAUAUUUCUCUCCUUCUUAGGUUAUGAGCUGCCCAUGAAGAAAGGAAAAUAUCAGACGGAAGUUAAGUGUAUCCAUGUUUGGUCUUGCCUUUCCUUGAACUCAAUCAUCGUCGUUCCAACGUCACCUAUGGGGCGUCCUCGUCUGUACAACACUCCUGAGGAAAGGCGAGAGGCGCAUCGGCGCUCUUCCAGAGUAUUUUACCAUAAUAAUCGCAGCGCCCUCUGCAAAACGCGGCGCCGCCAGUACCGUAAAAAAGUCAAAACAAAUCAGGAUGUUCUGAAUCCCUCUGAACCCGAGAAUGGACCUGGCCCAGGCGAGUUCCAUAAUGAAAUAACUCGACGAGGGUUACACAAGGUUCUCUUCUGCAGCUUGGAGCGGAAAGCUUUCGUCGAGGAACGCCGGAUGCAUCUUGUCAAUGUUACCAAUGGCUCACCCUUUGGAUAUGUUGAUAAGAUCGUCAAGGCAUGCAUAAGAGCCCCAGAUGGUGCGAUCGGCUUAUUGACGGAGGCGGAACACAUGUGGGAACAAUCUCUUUCUCAGAUCUGUGACGCCCUGGCCGAGAUCCUUCAAGAUUAUGGUUGCAGCGAGGAGUAUAGGAUGGCUAACGAGACAGCCAACGAGUACCGGAACCUUUUAACUCUUUUGGAGGACGUUCACGCAUCUGCCGUAGUUCAAAUCCCAUCGCAAUUUGAAGAUGGAUUAUUGAUCUAUUGCCUCAACUACGUUAAUGUACACCUUUUGACCCACCCCCGAAUACGCGUGAUUGUUUACUAUACAGUUGCAGCCACAAAAUUAAGGUUUGGCGGGUACUUCUACAAUCGCCCUCUCGCUCUUCACACAUACCUCAAUGCCGAAGAUUGUUUCUUGACGCUAGGUGAACGCCGCCGGAAAAUGGAGAUGGAAAGGAAAAAGCUGAUUAUCGAGCCAACGCCAAGGGCUCCAUCCGCCAGCGACGUCAAGUGUGCCUUGAAAGCCAAACAAGAUCGCGUCUUGCGCCUUCUACGGCCCAGCUUUGCCUCUGCCAUCAGCGAGGGAGAAGCGGAGGAAUAUCUUAAGAAAGCGUACCUCGUUUGGUUUCUUCGCUUUCCUGAGGUAGAGCCGGAAAUCAAGGUUGAAGAAGCAUUCAAAGACAACCCUAAUUAUGAAGCACACAUCAUCAAGGCACGCGAAAAGCUGCUUAGGACGAAAUUGGGAUGGUCCACUUUCCUCUUCCCUUCGCGUGCCUCCAAACCGGACUUAGAAGAGGGAGCGACUACACAGUGGGAGAAGGAACUAAACGCCGCCAUUCAAGAAAUCCUGGACGAACUUCCGACUGUUUGGAACCCAGACAAAGAUGUGACGUUCAUUAAGCUUGAGCAUAUCGUCGUGUUGUCAAGGGCUCUCGACCUUGCUUCCAAUUAUGUGGUCAUCCGCGACACAGAUUUAGGCGAAGGCGACAUCGCCAUUCCACAAGCACGCACCGUUACUCUUUCAGCCAACCACCGCCGUAUUCAGCAAACCCCACGCUCCCCUCAGAAGUCUUGCCGUUUUGCCCAGCCAGCUCCUUGUUACCACUGGAAUCCAAGUCCUCAGUACGACCUGCAAGAGUUGGAUGAGAGUUUUCAGCACGCCCACAUCGCAGGGUCUACAUCAGCACAAGCAUCAGACGUGGCCGCCAAGGUGGCUUCUAAGCGAUAUCCAACCUCGGAUGCACCUCUUCAAGAGUGGUCUGGGAAGACCAAAGAAGACCCCGGCUUCCGGGAGGAGUUCUUAUUGGAGAUGUUGAGGUUAGAGGGCCGUGGCGACUCGAGGCAGGGAACCUCAAGGCACAAGGACCUUCCGCUUCAUAUCAUAUGGAAGUGGGACAACGUAUAUUUUCAAAAAAUUUCACUAAAAGCUAUGGGUUUGCGCGUGCAGCUGGGCCACGUCAACUCACCGUGUGUCUUACCGGUUCCUGGGCAUCAAGACUUCAUUGUCUUGCACACAAACGGCCUUCAUUAUGUCGCUGUGGACUUCUGUGGUUGCAAUGAGCGAAUCCCGCAUCGUCAACAGCUCUUGCGGUGUGAAUGGUUUCCCGCAACCGUCUAUCAGCCCCAAACCUGUGCGACAUUCCAACUUCUCAACCUCUUCCACAUUGUUACUCUGACGGGGAAACUCUCGGCGCAUGAAUUCUAUAAGUCGCUCGAACACUUAACCGACAAUCUUGAUAUCAAUGUUCCCAAGACGCGGUAUAGGGCAUUGAUGAGGAUGAUCAGAAUGUGGCGUCAUCUGAAACUCAUGAAGCGCGCGGGUCGGGGGAACUUGGCUAACGGCCUCAUCACAACGCAAUCUGGUCACCUGGCGGUUGCAUGCCCUGCGUGUCCGAUUCCAGAUGUCAAUAUACCUGAGGAUUGGAAGGAGGCCCCACUGGAAUUAAAGUUUCUUUACCUCCUGAUUGUGGCGUUGGACGCCAACUUCCGCCUGAAGAACUUGAUGCGAUCAAGUAUUGCAAGGGAUCCGGGUUUACAUACAGGCCUCGCCUACUUCCCUGAUGACGAACCAUAUCGGAAGCACAUCUUGAAGUACGCGUCCCAAAAAGAUAUAAGCACCUGCAGCGGCUUCAAGACCCUAGCUCACGCAGAAACGAAGUUCUCAGGAGGAAUGCGCUCAACCGGUGUGGGAAUGUGCAUCUGUGCUCGACAUGAAUUUGUUCGAGCGAAUGGGGUUGGCGACCUCCAGAAAGGUGAAAGGUUUUGCAAUAUGGACUACAUCCUGCUAGGUGCACUUGCACCAAUCACAUUGCUCGCCGUCUUCGUCUCCUACGACAUUGCUUGUCAAUUCAAGCUCAAGUUCCGUGACCGAAUGGCCGAGUUGCCCAAGGACAUCCAGAUCCCCGACAAUGUUUCCAUGGACUGGGGCAUCCCUAAUACUAAAGAGAUGGGACCGGGCUCGCGACAUGACACCCUCGACGACCACUUUGGACAUCACAAUUGGCGGAAGAAAGUUCGUUUGGGUAUAAGUUUGCACACGCGGUUACUCUUGGCGAUACCCGAGCAGAAACGGCAACAGAAAAUUUUCGAAGAUUUCUCUGCGUCCCUGCGAGAUCAGGAAUUCGUGCCGAAAUGGACGAAAAUGGUGAAGGAGUGGGAAAAGGACGCAUCAAAGCCAAACCCCUACCUGUCGGUCGUUGCUAAUGCUUCUCAAGACGACGUGAAGCGGCAGUUGCUAUUGGAGGAGAAGGAGUCAUUGAAGGCGGGCAUCCCGCAAAUCCACGACACAGGUCCCACAUUGUUCAUCACGAUGGGCCUUUUAGUCGAAGACACUCAGACCUUGCCAACUCAUUUAUUCCUGCAACGCGGCCGCCUAUCCUUCAUCGGUUUCCGCAACCGCAACAUUCGUGGCCAAAACCCUAACACCAGAGCCUCAGAAACCAUCACGCGAGUUGAAACGAAGUGCAUGGCCCUCGCUGUCAAGUAUCGUGAAGCGCGAGCGGCAUUGUUCAAGCUAAUAGGGCCAGGGACCUGGGAGAACGAGCUGAGGGAACUGUCGCACAAGGACUUGACCACCCCAGAUGGGACCGAGAUCAGCAUCGAAGAUCCCAACGACGUAAUUGGGCCCGACGGCCGGCAAGUCAGCAAAAAGAAGAGAAAGAUAAUUGAGCGGAAUUUGGGCGAAGGUUACCGCUCUGUGUCGUGGAUUUGGAUGCGUGCGCCGGUAACGGGGGGUGAAUCAGAUGCAGUGCUGCAUGAAGCUGUGAGGAUAGAGUGGGCAAAGGCACGAGCACGGUAUCUUCGCUGGUCCGAAGAGGUGCAGCUGUUGAAAGAGGAGAUGAGGAGAGUCCGAAAAACCCUAGACUGGGAGGCUCGACAGUGGGAGGGUUGUACGGAGUCCUGGACAGUCAACGCUGCUGUAACAGAAGGUAUCAAGGGUUAUGCUACGCGGCAGGCGCAGGUGCGGAGAGAUUUGCUUGCCCAUUUUACGAGGAUGUGGGACAAGCCACUGGUUCCUGUGGUGAAUGACGAGGACAGCGGGGAGGCCCCUCUCACGGCCCUGGACCCUAGUCUUGAGAUGUUGGUGGAGGAGGAGGAUUGA